UUAAACUCAAAAUUCAAUGCCGUAGCUCCAUUCAUUUGUAAUAAUUUAUUAACUUUAGUAAUUGUCUGUCCUGCAAGCUGCUGUGAGGCAAAAUGACAGAAUACUGGAAAUCUCAAGCUCGUAAAUAUUGUGAAUUCUGUAAAUGUUGGUUUGCUGACAAUAAAGUUUCCAUUUCAUUUCAUGAAGGAGGAAAACGUCACAAAGAAAAUGUACAAAAACAUAUAUCUCAGAUCACAAAGAAAAGCACUAAAGAAUUCAAACAAAAAGAGAAAAUUGAUGAUGAUUUGAAAAAAAUGGAAGCAGCUGCCAUGGCUGCCUACUUGAAAGAUGUACAGAAUAAUGCAGACCUCACCUCACAGAGUAUCAACAAUAUGUUGGGUGAAAGCACCUCAGAAAAAAAUGAUCCCGUUGUGGAGGUCCCUCAAGCUAGGGCUGCUCCUGUUUGGCAUGAGGUCAAAGCUGAUGAUGGUUCAUACUUUUGGAACACGGAAACCAAUGAAACCACAUGGGAUCCCCCAGACCAUUAUUUAUCUCUUGCUGAUCAGGAAAAAGAGAAACUGAAAGAAGAGGAAGCAAAGAAAAUUAAGAAAAAGCAAAAAGAACAGAAGCACAAAGAAGCCGUUGUGGAAGCGAAGGCGCACCUCGCCCGCGAGAGCAUGCGGGCGCUCUCCGUCAAGAAGGAAGCGCCCCGGCCCUCCGCAGGGAUGGAGUUCGGGCCCGCGCCGCGCGCCGCCAACCCUUAUGGCUCGUGGAAAGCUGUGGAAAACAAACCGGUGGAGCAGAUCGACCUGCAGCUGCCGAAGCCCGACAAGGAAGUGCUGCCGCCGCCCGUGGUCAUGGAGCCCGAGGCGCGCGCGACCUUCGGCGAGCGCCGCGUCGACUCGCUCGGCCAAGGGCCCGUCGAGUUCAAGAAGCGGAAACUUAACAACCCUAAACGGAAUAUGCGGCAGAAGCUCGAUGAUGACUGAUGAGAAUUAUGUUAUUUAUAAGUAUUAAGUACCUAAUAUAAGUUUUUAACAAA